AUGGCAGAAAGAAAAGCAACAAAUAAAUAUUAUCCACCAGAUUGGGAUCCAAGUAAAGGAUCAAUAAAUCAAUAUAGAGGUCAACAUCAUCUUAGAGAUAGAGCAAGGAAAAUAGAUCAAGGUAUAUUAAUUAUUAGAUUUGAAAUGCCAUUUAGUGUAUGGUGUUUAGGAUGUGAGUGUCAUAUUGGUAUGGGUGUUAGAUUCAAUGCUGAAAAGAAAACUGUUGAUAAAUAUUUCACAAGUAAUAUAUACUCUUUUAAAAUGAAAUGUCAUCAAUGUUCAAAUCAAUUUGAAAUUCAAAAUGAUCCGAAAAAUACUGAUUAUAAACUUAUAAGUGGCUUAAAAAAAAGAAUUGAACAAUUUAAUCCUGAAGAUUCAGAAUUACCAUCAUCAUUUAUAAUUAAAUAUGAUGAUAAUAAUAAUAAUAAUAAUAAUAAUAAUAAUAAUGAUAAUAAUGAUACACUAUUAAAAUUAGAGAAUAAAAAAUUAGAUAUUGAAAAAGGUAAAAAAGAAUCAACACAAUUAGAAAAGUUACAAGAAAUUAUGACAAAUAGAACUAUCAAUGAUUACCAAUUAUCUUCAAUAAUGAGAAAAUCAUUUAGAGAGAAAAAAAAAGAAGAUCAAAUUGAAUUAGAAAGACAAAAAUCAAAAGGUAUAAUGAUACCACUCUUAAAAGAAAAUCAAGAUGAUAUCGAUACUGCAAAAGAUAUAGAUUUCAAUUCAAAUUCUUUAAAAAGGAAAUUAGAUGAAUCAAACAAAUUAAAAAGAGAAUUAAUUAAAAAUGAAUCAAUUUUAAAAUCAACUAACAAUGUAAAUAAUAAUAAUAAUGUAAAUAAUAAUAAUAAUAAUAAUAAUAAUAAUAAAAUAGAAGCUAUAAUAAGGAAGAAAUCCAAAAUUGAUCCAUCACUAUUUAAUAAUAAUGUUAAUAAAAAUAAAUCAAAAGUAAAUGAAACUUUUACUUCAAAUCUAUUUAAAUAA